UUUACGUAACUCCUUUACUCAAGCGCCAGUGAGCGUACGUAAAGACCGUUCGAGAAUAUCACCCAGCAGUUGAUUAAGGAGCGCUUCUUCUUGGUGUCAGAGUAGCGUGCAACGUUAGUGUGAUUGGAACAUGGAGGAGGAAGGUAAAUAAAGGCGCUAACACACGACGGCUGAUUACUUUUGAUUUUUUUCCCCCCCGUGGGAGAUGGCAGUCUGACAGCGUCAACGUUUCGAUUGUGAGAGCAGUGGAAGUGGACAGACUGUAGUGGAGGGACAACCAACGGGAUUCGAUCAGCGAUAUUUCAGGUGGCCUCGUUGGGUUUGCUUCAUUCUUGUGUUGCCAUGGCGAUGCGAGAGUUGGUGGAGGCAGAAUGCGGUGGCGCCAAUCCCCUCAUGAAGUUGACCGGUCACAUGACCACGGAAGGCGGGGCAUGGCGACACCGCUCCACACCUACAAUUCCCCCAACUUCCAUUGAAAUUGCCACUGAGGAAGAGCUUGUCAAUGAGUUUCUCCAGGCUCCCCCACGCCACCCACAGACAUUUGACAUGGGUCAGCUGUUGGAGGAGAUGCAGCAGAUCGACCAACAAAGCUACAGACAAGCUCCACAGAGAGCUCCAGAUGUGGCAGCCCUGGCUCUCUCAGGUGCCUGGGCAGCAGAGUUCGUCUCAGGCUCAGAGUCGGCAUCAACCCCGGGCCUCAUCGCACUCGGCGACGCAGCGGAUGCCGACUGGACAAAAGAAUUCAUUGCUGAGGCUGCAGAUCCUGGACGGUGGGCUGAGGAAUAUUUGGAGAAGUCUGAGGAGAAGCUGUGGCUGGGAGACUUUGGAGACAAGGAGAAUGAGUGGACAAAGGAGUACCAGCCAGGAGAGGAGUUGAAACAGACAGCUAAUGAGCUUGUGGCAAAGGUCGACGAUCCAAAGUUACAAAACACAGAGUUCCUGCGGUUCAUUAGGCAAAUUGGCGAGGGCAGUGUGACAGUGGAGAACAGGACAGACAAACAGCUCAAAGAUAAAGUUCAGGCCGAGGAGGCUAACCACUGGGCUUCCAACCUCAACCAGUUCCUGACGGAAACAGGGGGAGGGAGUCUUCCCUUGGAAUCCACAGAAAAGAAGGAGACCCUUGAGAAAGCUAAAGCUAAGCAGGCACAGCAGUGGGCCAAGGUCGUCAGGCAGGUGUCGGAGGAGUCAGCCGAAGCCUGGGUGGACCAGUUCACCGCAUCGGGACCUGAUUUCCACCAAGCCAAAGCCGCAGUGGAGAGCGAUGUGGAUUUUUGGGAGAAGCUGCAGCAGGAGUGGGAGGAGAUGGCCAAGCGGGACGCAGAGAGUCAUCCCUGGCUCUCAGACUUCGAUCAGCUACUGAGCUCGUCUUACGACAAGGGCUACCAGUUUGAAGAGGACAACCCUUACUUGACACACCAGGACCCUCUGACAGAGGGUGUGAAGAGGAUGGAGGCCGGGGACAUCCCUGGUGCCGUGCGCUUUUUUGAAAGUGCAGUGCAGAAAGAACCAGAAAACCAGCUGGCUUGGCAGUAUCUGGGUACUUGUCAAGCAGAAAACGAACAAGAAUUUGCUGCCAUCAGCGCCCUCCGCAGGUGUUUGGAGCUAAAGAAUGACAACCUGACUGCUCUGAUGGCGCUGGCUGUCAGCUUCACCAACGAGUCGCUGCACAGGCAAGCCUGUGAGACUCUUCGCGAUUGGCUAAAGCACAACACAAAAUACCGUGCCGUGUGGGAGCAACAUGAGCUGGAACGCCAGAGGGAAGCUUCAAAAGAAAGGGACAAGGUGCGGGAGCGGUUUGGCUCUCUGCUGCCUGAAUCUAUGUUUACAGACGUGCAGACUUUAUUCCUUCGUGCAGCUAACACAGACCCCGCUCAGGUGGACCCUCAGCUACAGUGUGGUCUGGGGGUCCUCUUCAACCUGAGUGGAGAGUACGACAAAGCAGUGGACUGUUUCAGUGCAGCUCUCUCUGCCACGCCACAGGACUACUUGCUGUGGAACAAGCUGGGCGCAACACUAGCUAACGGUAGCCGCUCAGAAGAAGCUGUGUCCGCCUACAGGAGAGCCUUGGAGUUGCAGCCAGGAUUUGUACGCAGUCGCUAUAACUUGGGAAUCAGUUGUGUCAAUUUAGGAGCACACAGGGAGGCCGUGGAGCACUUCCUGGAAGCCCUAUCUCUCCAGCGCCAGGCUGACGGCGACGAAACAAGAGCUGUGCGAGGCCCCGGAGGCGCCGCAGCCACCUUAAUGUCCGACAACAUCUGGUCCACCCUGCGUAUGGCUCUCAGCAUGAUGGGAGAGAGCUCGCUUUACUCGGCCGCCGACCGCCGGGACUUGGACACGUUGCUGGCUCAUUUCUGCCAGCGGGAGGUGGAGGGAAGCCAUGAAUGAAGGUCCAUCUGGGGAGGACUGAUUGAGUGUGAAUGUUCUUUGCAUGGAGGCAAAUGUCCGAAUGAAUGAAAGGGAUAACGACUGGGGGAAAACACUGUGAAUCAUCCUCCAGCCGGUGCACAUCUGGGACAAAUGCAGUAUUAGUUUGGGAAAUAGCAGCUGACUUUAUUUUGCUUUAAUGACGAGUCCUUGUUUUCUCUUACAAUGUAAGUCUUGUAGGUCUCUUAACUUCCAUCAUGUACAAUAGAUUUAUGGUACAAUUUUACUUUCUAUAACAAGUACUUGCUCAUGGUUUGAUUGUCAGUGUAAUCAUAAGUCCUAGUUUCCUUUUUAUAUCAAUAUUUAAUUUGACAAUGAACUGACAACCAGUGCGACUGUUACUCAUAAUGUUUGUGUGCACCAGGAUAAGCAAGGAUGUUGAAUGAUAACAUAAAAGUGUCAUGAUUGGUUUCUCUGGGCUCCUCCCUCACUUUCAAAUCUCUUGUAAAAAACACUUUUCCCCCAUUGUAAUUUAACCAUUAUAUGUAUUGUAAUUGUUGCACUAUAAUUGUUGUCUGGCAGGGUUUUGGCCUGACUGCAAUGUUUAAUAUAAUAAUCAGCAAUAAAGCUUUGAUUCCAUAGUUGUCAAAUGUUGAUAAAUAUAAUACAAAAUGUUAUAUUGUUAACAGGGGUGUGGGAAAAAAUCGAUUCGAAUUCGAAUCGCGAUUCUCACGUUGUGCGAUUCAGAAUCGAUUCUCAUUUUUUUAAAAUCGAUUUUUUUAUUUUUAUUUGAAUUUUUUAUUUAUUUUUUAAUUAAUCAAUCCAACAAAACAAUACACAGCGAUACUAUAACAAUGCAAUCCAAUUCCAAAACCAAACCCGACCCAGCAACACUCAGAACUGCAAUAAACAGAGCAAUUGAGAGGAGACACAAACACGACACAGAACAAACCAAAAGUAGUGAAACAAAAAUGAAUAUUAUCAACAACAGUAUCAAUAUUAGUUACAACUUCAACAUAGCAGUGAUUAAAAAUCCCUCAUUGACAUUAUCAUUAGACAUUUAUAAAAAAAAAAAGAAAGAACAAUAGUGUCACAGUGUCACACUUGCAUCGCAUCUCAUAAGCUUGACAACACACUGUGUCCAAUAUUUUCACAAAGAUAAAAUAAGUCAUAUGUUUGGUUCAUUUAAUAGUUAAAACAAAUUUACAUUAUUGCAAUCAGUUGAUAACAUUUUCCUUUACAAUUAUAAAAGCUUUUUACAAAAAUCUACUACUCUGCUUGCAUGUCAGCAGACUGGGGUAGAUCCUGCUGAAAUCCUAUGUAUUGAAUGAAUAGAGAAUCCUUUUGAAUCGGGAAAAAAAUCGUUUUUGAAUCGAGAAUCGUGUUGAAUUGAAAAAAAAAAAAUCUAUUUUGAAUUGAAUCGUGACCCCAAGAAUCGAUAUUGAAUCGAAUCGUGGGACACCCAAAGAUUCACAGCCCUAAUUGUUAAUCUACUUGAACACAUCAUGUAAAAUUGACAUGAUUUACAAAAAAUGUUUUCUUUUAAAUGUUUUUUUUGGGAGGAGUCACGUGUGCAAACGUCAGUUUGUUU